GCGGCUAUUCUGUGUUAAGGCAACAGACGGAAACUUGUGACGUACCACAGGAACAGGAAGCAAAAGCAGAACCAAAACCCAACCACACGGGCAGAAAAGGCAAUUAUGUGCGCUGCAGUUUGUGUAUCGAAAGGCCUGAGCGGUUUAUUUAGAAGACUGACUCUGUCACCGCAGGUGCCAAGAACACCAGGUUUAGACUUUUCCAGGAGUUCUGUCAUUUCAAGAUUAUUUUGCAAUAGCAGACUCCCCCUGUUGGUGCAGACAGCAGGAAUCCAUGCAGGGUCCUGCCACUGCACUGUGGCGCCUUCAAUCACUGAAACAGAGGAACCCGACAGCCUUUAUAAGAAUGUUGCAGUGCUGGUGAAAGGCCAUGACAAAGCUGUGUUGGACAGUUACCAGUACUUUGCAACCCUCGCAGCACAGGAGCUGGGCAUUAACAUUGACAAAGUGUACGAACCACCCAAGAGGAUUGAAAGACUAACUCUCCUGAAAUCAGUUCACAUUUUCAAGAAACACAGAGUGCAGUAUGAGAUGCGGACUUACUACAGGUGUAUAGAGCUGAAACAUUUGACUGGCUGCACAGCUGAUGUCUAUCUGGGAUACAUCCAGCGGAACCUACCUGAGGGGGUUGCAAUGGAGGUUACUAGGACAUCAUUGGAAAAAUUACCAGAACACAUUAAAGAACCUGUAUGGAAUACAAUAUCUCAAGAGGAAGAAAAGCAAAGGCAGUGACCUUUGUUACUGCAUUCAUGGGCAGAAAGGACAGGUUGCUGUUUCCAGUCCAGCACUUCUAGUCUGCUAUGUCUUUGUGUUGAACUGAAAAGGCUGCAUACCUGCCCCCCGACAGAUACAAAAAAAAGAGGCACCUGGUAUCUCCGUGUACAGCUUCAUCGGAUGUAUAUUUCUGAUAAACCACAGGGUCCGCUUUCAUUGGGAUCUGAAGAAACUACAGUUCUGCUUUGAGAUGCAAUUUGGAGGUGGGAAGGGGGGUAAACUACUGUUAAAUGUAUUUUUGACUUUUUACAUUUUCUUCGAAAUGAAAUUAACAAUGGAAUUCUGUAUUACAGUCUGUGCCGCCUAAUUGAUACACUGAUAAUUAAUUGGGAUACAGUAUUUUCAAAUGCUCUGAAAAGCGAUCUCCUUUCAUCAAGCCAGGUUCACGUAGCGCAGUGCAGAGAUUACACUGUGACUUGUGUAAAUUGCUUAAACCAGUGGUUUUA